AUGAUUAAAGUAUGUCACACUAACAUUACCACAAUCAUAAAACACAAAGAUGAACUUCUUUCCCGAUUUUCUCAAUAUGACAUCAUCUCUGUUAAUGAAACUAAUCUUGAAAAAGAUAGUUCUUUUGCUCUUAAAGGUUAUAACAUUUUUAGAAAUGAUAGAAUAGAAAAACUUGGCGGUGGUGUAUUGUUAGCAAUUAAAGAACAUAUUAAAUGUCAAGAAGUAUUCAACAAAACGAUAGAAAAAAAUGAGAUUAUUGCAGUUGAAGUCGAAACAAAAACAUAUAAAACAAUAUUAAUCUCCUCCAUAUAUGUUCCACCAGCAUCUAAGAUUCAUAUAAAUGUCUUCCGUGAAUUAUACAAUAUGAACAACAAUUGUAUGAUAUUAGAUGAUCUCAAUGCAGCAUUAAACCAAAUGGGAUCAAGAAAAACAAAUGCAAGAGGAAGACAAUUACAAGAAUUAUUAAAUGAAGGUUAUAUGAAUUGUAUUGAUGAUGAUAGUACAACCUUUGAAAGAAAUGAUUAUGAAGAAAAGAUUGAUUGGAUUCUUGCUAGUCAACCACUUAUGUCAUUCAUUUCAAAUUUUGAAACUCACUCACCAUUUACUAUGUUUAGUGGACACAAAUCAAUAACCUUCGACAUCUCAAUUGGAGCUGAACCGAAGCCAAUGUCACCAAGAUUAUCAUUAAAUUUUCAAGCAGCAAAUUGGUCAAAGUUCAGAAACAAAUCAGAUGAAAAUCUUAUGAUAUGGAACAAUGAUCGGUUCUUAAAUUCAACAUCAGAUAUUGAAGAAUACUCAUCAUUCAUCACGGACAGUAUUACUGCAGCUACACAAGAGAGUAUUCCACCUUCUAAACAAAUUAAUACAAGCUAUGCAAUAAGUAAAACAACAAAACAUCUAGUUAAAAUGAAACAUAUAGCAUAUAAAAGAUGGAAGAAGAAUGGAGAAAAUAUUGAGAAGAAACAAUAUUAUAAUGCCAAGAUGCUAUUAACAAAUUCAAUCAGAAAUGACAGGAAAAACAAUUUCAACAAAUUAAUGUCGUCAUUAUGUGAUAAAAAAAUGUCUUCAGCAUCAGUAUAG